GACUUGGUCCAAACACCAGACCCACCUCAACAAGAAUGGCAAUGAGGAAGAAAGGGAUGCAUUCAACAAUGCAUCUAAAAAUGAAAAGGGAGAGCUGACAGCCCUUUUCCUCAUGAGAAAGGAAGCUGCCAAGUUCUGCAAUGUUAGCAGGUCCAUUGGCACCAAGCAAGAGGAGUUCCAGCAGAAUGAAGAUGAAUAUGAAAGUUGGGACAACUUCUUGGAAAAGGAGCUGCACUCUCUGAUGAUGGAUCAAACCCCUGGGAAGGGGAAAGGGAAAGGGAAGGUGAGCCCCAAAAAGGGCAAAGGCAGGGGCAAAGGAGAUACCAACCCAGAGACACCCAAAGCACUUGAAGACUUGCCACCAGAUGAGCAGCAAACUGAGUGCCUCAAGAAGCUCAAGAAAACCAGGGAUUUGGUGCAGCAGUGCAUGACAAACUAUGAAGAAGCACUUGGAAAAGUGAAAGGCAUGCAGUACCUAGAAAAGGAAGCACAGCUUUCAAAGCUGGAAACUACACUUGGGAAAGUGAAGAAACAACUUGCAAAAGGUGACAAGGGAAAGGUCAACACCACCAAAGAUCUAUUGAAAGAAGCUGUGGCCACCAUAUCAGAAGCCAAAGAGGAAGCCAAGGAGCUUGUCCAGAUCAGUAUGAAAACCCAGUCCAAGAGUUCCAGAAAGUGA